AUGGCUGAACAAGACACCCAAUACGACUUCAUCGUUGUAGGCGCCGGCCCCGCGGGAUGCAGCAUCGCUCGCGGACUAGCACACAGCAAGGCCCGCCCUUCUGUGCUGCUGCUCGAGGCCGGAGGCGACAAUAAGGAGCCCAACCUGCGCGUCAUCGGAAACGAAUACGUGCAAUUCCUCAACCCCGAGCAGACAUAUCCCUACGAGAGCACCCCGCAGCCGCACCUGGAAGGACGCAGGAUCGGCCUCGCGCGAGGAAAGGGCCUCGGCGGCUCGUCGGCCGUCAACUUCACGGCGUGGACAAUCGGGCCUCGAGAUGACUGGAAGACCAUGUCGGAGCUCACAGCCGAUCCGGCCUGGGACUGGGACAACGCCCUGCGCCGGUGGAAGAAGCUGGAGACGUACCACGACAAGACGCCCGAGGUGCCUCAAGGUGUGACGAAAUACCUUGAUCCCAAGGCUGAGGCCCACGGCUACGAGGGACCGCUUCACAUUGGCUUCCAGCCCAAAUGGGACAACUACACCACGUCGACAAUGGACGCCUGGGAGGCCAACGGCUACGCCAUCAACCGGGACAUGGGCAGCGGCGACUUUCUGGGCAUCUCGGUCGUUCCGCAGACCAUGACGCGCGGCACGAGAACCACGGCGGCCGAUCUGCUGGCAAAUGCGCCUGCGAACUUGCACAUCAUGACCAACGCGCCUGUCCGCCGGGUCGAGUUCGAGGACAAGACGGCCACCGGCGUCUCGCUUCUCGACGGAACCGUCUUGAAGGCCGCCAAGGAGGUCAUCCUCUCCGCCGGCAGUCUCGACACGCCCAAGAUCCUGAUGCACUCGGGCAUUGGCCCUGCAGACCAGCUGAACAAGGUCGGCAUUUCGCCGCUCGUCGACAACCCCAACGUCGGCCAGAACUACAGGGACCACUACCACGUCACCCUCAAGUACGGCCGCUCCGAGGAGUCGGACACCAUCAGCGCGUUCUUCAAGGACAAGGCGCGCCAGGCGGCUGCGAUGCGCGAGUGGGAGCUGUUCCGCACCGGCGACUACGUGACCAACGGCACGACCAUGACCAUGGGCUUCUUCAAGAGCGCCGGCGUCCUGGCCAGCAAGGAGUUUGCCGAUCUGCCUGCCCAGGAGCGCGCUCGCUUGUCCCAGCCGACGAUUCCCACGUACGAGAUGGCUGCGCUGGGCAUCACGCCCGACUACUACGUGGCCCCCGAGACGGCGCCUCCGAUCCUGUCGAUUCUGGUCUUUGUGCAAAACUCGCAGGGCGUUGGAAACGUAAAGCUCGUCUCUGCUGACCCCACGGUGCCUCUCGACUUCAACCCAUCAUUUGCUGACCACCCGUACGACCGACGUGUCAUCAUCGAGUCGACCCGCGAGGUUCUCAAGGUCACGGCCAGCCCGUCCUUCACCAAGGACGCACACCCGACCCAAUCGCAAUUCGACGUCCCAGCCACCGACAGCGACGAGGAUAUCCUCGAUUUCUGGCGCAAGAACUGCACCAGCACGUGGCACAUGAGCGGAACGUGCAGGCUGGGACGUGAUGAGAAGCAGGCCGUGGUUGACCCUCGUUUCCGCGUCUACGGUGUCAGCGGUCUCCGAGUGGCGGAUAUGAGUGUCAUGCCCAUCAUUGCUAGCUGCCACAUUCAGUCCACGGCUUACCAGAUUGGUAUGAUUGCUGCUGAAAAGCUGCAGGCUGAGUAUUCUUUGAACGGACAGCAGCGUCUAUGA